AUGCAUGUGAGUGUCGCCGCUGGUGCGUUGCUGGCGCCAGCGGUGGCCGACGGCUUCGCGGCCGCGGCGUGGGGCCUCUUCGACUCAUGCGCCUUCACGCACGACCGCAUGUUUGAGGCCUCGCUCGCGGUGAGCUGCUUUGUGGCCUUUAUCCUCUUCUUCGAGAGCAUACACUUGGUGGUCGACCCGCGUAGGUACGGGCCUCCUCCCGCCGACGUGCUCGCGCACGGCCCCGGCGUGCCGACGUGGGGCAGGGUCGUCACCGAGCUCUCUCUCGGCGUCUUUCUGUACGACGCGCUCUUCUACCCCUUCCACCUCUCCUUCCACAAGCUGCGAGCGCGCCGCUGGCGCAAGAUGCACGCGCGCCACCACGUGUGGGGCUCCACCGAGGCGGCGGCGCACAACGCCGUCGAGACGGUGCAGAACUCGUACCUGGACGCGGGCGUGCAGGUGUUCAUCAACAUCUUCGUGCAGCACCUCUCUCCCUGGGGCUUCAAGCACCCACUCUCGCGCGCGCUGCACAACGUGAUGGUGGUCUACCUCCUGUGCGAGUCCCACUCCGGCUACGACCUGCCCUUCAUGUCGCACCGCCUCUUCCCGGGCCUCUUCGGCGGGCCCGUGGCGCACGAGCAGCACCACCAGCAAGGCAACGUCAACUUCCACCAGUUCUUCCUCUGGGCCGACCGGAUCCUCGGCCACACCCCCACCGCCGAGCAGAACCGAAAGCACCGCGAGGCGCUGGCUGCCGUCGGUGCUGCGCAGGACUCUGCGCGCCAGCAGCAGGCUGCUGCAGAGGUUGUGCGUUAGCAGCGCUCCCGUAGGCCCGGAACGGCGGAGUAGCUCGAGGAGUAGCAGUCCACUGUGCAUGCAUGCAUGUUGCAAUCGUGCUCCCUGGCAUGCAUGACUGGUUGUUCGGCCCGACCCCACACUACCGCAUGGUGUUGCUGCAUGCGCGACGCGGGCAGUACCCCCGAAGUACACGUCGGUGUCGCAUGUCGGUGACCGGACACUACGUUGAU